UGGCUCCUGUGAAUGUCUCGGUCCCAUAGCAAAUUGAGGAUGCAAGUAGCUGCCGAAAAAACAACUUUUCCCCGACCGUCGCAUCCCCUGGAGUUCAAUUCGUAUGGUGCGGAGGAGGCCCUGACGUCCGUCUAGGCACUGAGCAGCCGUCGGAGCUUCGCGAAACCUUCUUCAAUCCACCAAUUUGGAGUAGUUUCGCGAAGUAGCUCUUCUCCUCGCUGUCGCUGUCUGUCCGAAGUGAGGUUCAGACAGGCAGGCAGCUCAUCCAAAUGGCCGAACCGAGAAAAGUGCAAUUUGUCACCCUCUCGGCCUUCGCAGCUGGAGCAGCCGCGGAGUCCAGGAAACGCCGGCUGGAGGAUGAGGCCGACUUCAACUUCGGUAGAGCCGCUGAGGUCGAGGCAGCGACCGGGGCAGGAGGCGCCGCCAGCGACGAUCGUCUCGGCAAAACCGGCGACAGGGACAAGGCAGGAGCCGAGAGGAGGGCGACGGUGCGGCUCAAUCUGUCUCUAUCCGAGCCUGACGACCGCUCUUCCGUCGAGUUUAAUUACGGCGAACUCGUCCAAAACCUCCAGGCAAAGAAUAAACCUCCAAGUGUGACUUCAGCCCACAAUCCUGAUGACCCCUUCAAUGAUGACGAGAGAGAGCGGCUCCAGGUUGAGGCCCUGGCGAAAAAGUUUGAAAAUAAAUAUGGUAACACAGGAAAGAAAAAGAGGAAGGACAGAAUGCAAGAUUUAAUCGAUAUAGGCUUUGGCUAUGACGAGACAGACCCCUUUAUUGACAACUCAGAAGCUUAUGAUGAGCUGGUGCCUGCAUCUUUGACCACAAAGCUGGGGGGAUUUUACAUCAACACAGGCACACUGCAGUUCAGAGCGGCCUCUGACUCGGAGGGAGAGGGGGACAAGAAGCUGAAUGACAACAAGGAGCAGGUGAUUAAGAAGAGGAAAAAGAAGGAAGUGAACAAUCUGGAGGAGAAGAACCCGAAAAAGAACAGAGUACCUAAACAAGGAGUGACGACUCUCAACCUCCACCGGCCAGAGAAGAAGAAGAGGAAGAAGCUGAUGAAGGACUCGCUGUACCUGGCGGCCAUGCUCCGCCGCUUCACCCGGGAGAAGGAGGAGAUGAAGAAAAGGAACCCGAACAUGGCUCAUUCUGGCCUGGCAGGAGGUGCGGCUCACAAGCCUCACUCCACCAACUCAACAAACCACCUGUUGGCCUCUAACUCCACCCACCCGCAGGGCAACACAGCCAGCAACGACCUUUCGUUGGCAGACCUCACCUCGGACCCCGCUGUGAUGUCACUGCUGGGCUCUGCCAAUGAGAAGGAGCUGCAGGAUCUCCUAGGUGACCUGGACUUCAGCUUGUUGGACACUGACCAGCAGCACGCCAUGGUGGCCGCCAGGGAGAAUGGCAUCCUGGGAGUCGGUGUUCCGACUCACAAAGCAGGAGCAGGAGGAGGAGGUGGCCAAGGGCGAGGCCUGGGGUCUGCCAGCGGGCUGUUUUCUCCGCCCCCACUGCCUGAUGGACUGCCUGCUCCUCUUAUUAAACGCAUCGAGGACCUGCGGGCGGCCUCGCGGCAGUUUGAUCAGGAGGGCAGGAAGAAAUUUUUCACCUUGGACAUGAAUAACAUUCUCCUGGAUAUUGAGCUGCAGGUCCAGGAGCAGCCUCCUGAGGUGCGUUCAGACAUCUACUCCCACAUGGAGGCAUUCGUGCCGUGCAACAAAGAAGCCCUCCUCAAACGCCUGAAGAAGCUCAGUCUCAACAUCCAGGAUGAUCGACUAAGGACGCCACUGUUGAAGCUGAAGCUGGCGGUGUGUAGUGUGAUGCCAGAGCAGAUAGCCAGAUACAACAUGGACUGCAUGGCCAAAGUUGCAAAGCAGCAGUCAGAAGAGGGUGAUAAGAACGGCUCAGAGGAGGAAGAUGAGGAAAAGCCAGGGAAAAGGGUGAUGGGCCCACGGAAGAAGUUUGUCUGGGAUGACAAGCUCAGGAACCUGCUGUGCAGCUUGGUGCGAGUGAAGCUCAGCUGCUAUGAGAUGGAGAACCAGUGCUCUCUGUCUGUGGAGGACUACCUCAAGGCCUUCUUAGAGAAUGAGGUCAAACCACUAUGGCCCAAGGGCUGGAUGCAGGCCAGGAUUUUGUUGAAGGAGAGUCUUUCCGUUCACAGUCACCUCACUGGAAACCUAGUCAAGAGGAGAAUGGUGCCUGGGCCCAAGGCCAAAGCCAAGGAGGGUCUUUGGAUCCACAAACCACCCCUCACCAUGACCUCCACCCCAUCUCUGCCCACCUCCACAUCCGCUCUGACCUCCAACCGCCAGCCGGUCUCCUCCUCCUCACCCUCGGAGCCCAUCUGUCUGUCAGACUCUCUGGAUGAGGAUCUGACUGCUCCCUCUCUGGACUCCAUCUCCCACGCUCUGGCCCUGCUCAGCAAUGUAUCCAAGGGUCUCGGCCCCUCAGACAGCCCCUUGUCGCCCCCACCCCUUCAAAUCCCCACCUCCUCUCCUCCCCCCGUCACCCCUCACUACCCUUCAGCCUCUCAGCUCUCUGCCUCAGUCACAUCCACAACGCAGCAACAUUCCCUGUCUAAGGUGGAGACCGCUCAGCUGGCAGCUGCGCCUGCUGGGAACUUAACAGCAACAACGCUACCAGCCUCCUCUUCUACCUCCUCUUCCUUGUCUCCCGUUGUCGCCUCCAUGGCUCAUGUGCAGGCAGCAGGCCUGUCGCUGGGCUCCAGGACUACAAAUGGUCCUUACCGCCAGAUCAAGGGAUCCGGCAGCAUGGGCCAAACCCAGACUCAGAGACUUGUUACCAUGGCAUCACCCAAUCACAGGCCAAGCUCGGUGAUGGGCGGGAGUGGCAAAAUGCAUCCACACCCCUCCCCGUCGCCGCCGAAGCAGCGGCCUCCUCCCACAGCUUCCCCUCUGCUGCCCCCCCAUCAGAAGGGCUUUGUUAGCCCGGUGGGGAUGCUGGGAACUAUGGGAGCCCCUCAAGGACUGACUAAGAGCAGUGCCAAAGUCAGUGGCAUCAGCAGCAACGACAGCGCCGUCAGCAGCAGCAUCACAUCUUCUUCCUCCCCCUCCUCACAGUCCCGCUCCAUCUCUACCUCCCACCCUGGCCUGCAGUCCUUCUGCCCUCCCUCCCCAGUGGCCUCUUCGCCGUCCCCCACCUCCCAUACCUCACACUCCUCUCAAGGUAAAUCCCACACACACCACCACCACCAGCCCAACUUCAUCACCCCCAUGCAGGUUACCCUCACCAAGUCCCCCCACAGCAGCAACUCCUCUCCCAUCAUCAAGCUCACCCCUCGGCCUCCUGCACCCACCCCACCUCCAUCCUCCUCCCCCUCCCCGUCAUCCUCACCCUCACACCCGCUCUCCCAUCAGAUGAUCCCCAGCCAACAGCACCAGUACACCCCCAAAACCCCCAAAACUUUUCGGCCCCCCUUCAGUGUAUCGGGCGGCGGGCAGGUGAAGCAGACACAGGGCAGCUGCAACUUUGCAGGAGGCCAGAAAACUCAGUCCACCACGAGCAACAGUAGCAUCAUCAACAACUCCAUCAACAACAAGGGAGUGGUGUCAGCUGCCUGCAGCCACCCAGACAAAACUCCCUCGUCCUCUGCGCCUUCAGUCUCAGCCAAUCACGGGCAGAGGCAGAGGAUGGUGGGCGGGGCUAACCAGAGCUCAAAAGCAGGAAACGGUUGGGCGGCUUCAGGAACUUUGGCCACGUCCUCCACAACGUCACACCUCUCACAGGUAUCAACAGCAGGCACUUCCCUCCUGGGCAGCCCCUCUGCUCUGCCCCUGGGCUUUGGGAUGCUGGGAGGCCUGGUGCCCGUCUCGCUCCCCUUCCAGUUUCCACCGUUGCUCAAUUUCAGCCCCCCCGGAGCCCCAGGGGCCGCUGGCAUGGGUUCAGCCCCCAGCUCCAACUCAGGAUACCCCCUAGCACAGAGCGACCUAAUGGAUCUGUAUAAGAGUCUCCAGUCAGGGUCGCAGGCUGCCCUACCUCCUCACUUGCAGCUUGCUUUCUCAGAUGCGAACCAAAGCCAGGGUGGAGACAUGAAGAGGAAAUCCCACUGACCAAUAACAGCGAGGUGACACCACAGCCUCCUGGACACAUCCACCAAUAGGAAUCUUCACUUUGAUUGACUGACACAGUGAUGUGGUAUAGGGGGGCGGGGCUUCACUGCCUCUUUUAAAAUGGACCUAAAGGAGAAUCAGUCUAUCCUCGCUACAAGUGGCAAUGACAAAUUAAUUUAACUGUAUUUUCUAACGAACCGGGUAUGAGAACAAGACGGAGUGAAUGACGAGAGAACUUAUUUUUUGUUCUGCUUAUUUUUAUUUUUGUCAACAUGUUUACAUAUGACCGACCUUGAUCACUGUGGAAUGAGUGUGAGCGAGGUAGUGGUACAGUUGAGAGUAGUAGUACGCUACGUAAUAUAAUUUGUAUUUAAGCUUAUGUGGAAUAACGGGACUCUUGUUCUUGCAGUACAAAAAGAAAAAAGAAAACAGACCGAGUAAUGGAUUUUUAUUUUUCUGUCUCUUGUCUCAGAUGUGGGAAUCGUCGUGUCCGUAGAAAUUUUAUUGUUGGUCACCUCUGCUCCCACAAAUGACUGUUAAGUAGUAGCUUAAAUUAAUAUUGAUAAAUUAUUUGUAAUUUACACAGGGACAAAACAUGUUAUGAUGUGUGUGUGUGUGUGUGUGUGUGUGUGUGUGUGUGUGUGUGUGUGUGAGAGAGAGAGAGCAAGCGGUGAGGUUGAUUUGAAUGUGUGUGUGUGUACAUAAAUGAAAAAAUACAAUAUACUGUUAAUUUCUUUCCAGACUCUUCUGUAUGAAUGGAUAAGGACGUGUAUCCCCUUUUCACAAUAAUGAGCGAGUGUAAGUUUGAUGCCCCUCUCUUGCUCAGUGUGUUUUUGGUGCUGUUUAAUCACACUGGACCUUUUCUGGAAAAAAGACUUGAAUUGACAAAGUUUUGGGCUCCUCUUCUGGAGAGAGGAGCCGCCUGUGAGAGAGGGGAGAAACGUCAAGAUUGUAGCCUACUUGAAUUGUCUUUUUUUUUUUUUUUUUUUUUGAUGAGUUAAGAUUUUUACUUACUUUCACUGCUUAUUGACUCAAAUCAACUUAAUAUAACACAACGCCUUAGUUUAUAUUGAAAACGUAUGAAAAAGAUCUAUGCAGGACUGUUAAACGCUCAAUGCAAAAGUGCAAGUCGUCGCUUGGCUUUCAACCUCUACUCAACUUGUCAGUGCAUUUCUGGAGUUGUGAAUGUUUGUAGAUGUUAUUAUGUCAUGUGAGACUCCUUUUUUGUGUGUUCAGACAGAGCGCAGAGCAAAUUUUUGAAGCCCGUCAAGUCAAUCGAGAGACGCGAUUAGGCGCAAGCUCGCCCAAGGUGCCGCAAAUAGCCGCGAGUUUCAGACGUUUCAACUUGAGCGGAAAAGUUGUGCUUGAAAUGCUUGAAAGCGCAGUUGCGAGCAGCAGAGUGGAUUAAAAAAAAAAAACCCAAAACAUUCAUUGGCCUCUGACCUGUAAAUCCACAC